GCUUCAGUUCAACACCUAGCCCAGGAACUUCCAUAUGCCACAGAUGCAGCCCUAAUAGGAAAAAAUAAAAUUGUCCUUCAGUUUUACUAUCUUCAAUCUCCUUUUUCUUAUCUUUAAAAACAUACACAUAACAUUGUACACAGCAUCUAUGUUAAUUUAUGAAACAUAAACAUAAUGAGCGCUUGUGAAUUCACCAUGAGAACAUUAUUAGUGCCUACAUCCCCUUCCCCUGUCCCAUGCUCGGUCCUCCACUCCGAAGCUACUGUCUCAUCUUUGUUGUUACUGUCUUACAAAUGCCUCUGGAGGCCAUCUAGCCCCACAAGCCUCUCUGUGCAAACAGACACUAGCUCACAGAAGCUCAGUGACUCAGAUGAGCCUUUAAACAGCCACUAAUUAUGGAAAUUAAUUUUGUAGCAUGAGCCCUAAAACCUAGGCAUAUGAUAUUCAGGCAUGAUUAGGUUCAGAACUAUGCAGAUUAAGGUCAGGAAAUGGUAGGCAUGUCCAUCCCUGUCCCUGCAGGCCAUUCAAAUGCCAGCGCUCCUACGAGAGCUCUUUAUUAUGCCUUGAAAGACUGGGGGCAUGAAGCACACCAAAAUACAUCAGGGCUGACCUUGGAGAGCCAAGAUGGGGGAUGUCAAUGUAUUCUUUUUGUUCCAAAUUUUUUAUUUUAAUUUCAGUUGUUUAUUGAAUAGGUAAUACAUACACAUAGAGGAAAUCCAGAAAGUAUGAAAGGAUUUCUCCCUCCCUCCUUGGUCCCCAGCCAACUGGUUUUCUACAUCCGUGGCAACUAGUAGAAUCUUUACAGAAAAAACUAAAUUUAUAUGAAUAAAUACAAUUCAUUUAUUUUUUAAGGUAAUAGCAGCGUACUUCAAACAAUGUUCUCCACCUUCUUUUUAAAAAUGCAACAUCCGUUCACUCAUUUAACAUUCACUACAUGCUUGCUUACUGCAGCAGUGUCUGGCUGAUGCAAUAAAUCAAUGGACUAAACACAAGAAACCCUGCUCUCAUUGAGCUCGGUGGAGGGACACAGACAAUCAACAUAAACAAGUUAUGUAAUAUGUUAGAAAAUAGUAAGUGCCUGGGAGAAAUAGAGCAGAAUAAGGGGUUGGAAGGGUGUAGCAAUUUUAGGAUGCCUCAUCUAGAGGUGACAUCUGAGCAAUGUGGAUAUCUGAGGACAGAGUAUUCCAAGCCUAGGAAACAGCCAGUGCAAGCACCGCGGUUCCUGGCCUGUUGAAGGAACAGCAAGGAGGCGAGUGGAACAUGUGCGGGAUGGGGGAUGAGGGUGGGGAAGCAGUAGGAGAAAUGAGAAGAAAUGGGGCAAAUCAAAUGGGACUUCUUGGGCUACUGGAAAGACUUGAUUAAUCUGAGAGCGAUGAGGAGGCAUUGGAGGGUUUGGAGCCGAGGAUUGACAUCAUCUGAUCUGUGUUUUAACAAGGGGUCCCUGGGAGCUACUGAACUGAGAAUAGAAAAGGAGCAAGGGUGGAAGUGAGGAGACUAGUUAAGGGGAGAGAAGAUGAUAAUGGUUUGUACGGUGCUGAGAUGAGUGGGAGAGAGAAGAUACUGGACAAAUUUCCAGGGUAGAAUCUGCAGGAUUCACUGAUAUGGGAUGUGACAGAAAGGAGUCAAGGGAUCUUGGCUAUCCUUCCAAUACCAGAUAUAAAGAAAAACACGGAAUAUUUAGAUAACCAGAAAAAAUCAUAUUUGAUAUGUUACGAAAAUAAAUACUUCACAUAAUCCCUACAUGUUUGAGCCACCACCCCUCCCCAGCCACCGUGAAGUCAGGGCGGUCAGGUGCACAAUUCUCUCCGAGGUCAGCCGGGUCCAGUCCCCGCCCUUGGAGCCCAGGCUCCACCCUCAGCCUCCAAUCCCCUGUUUCUUCGGCCCCGCCUUAUUGCCAUGGUGAUCCCAGCGCGCCCGCAGGUCCCGGAGUCUCCCGCGAGGCUCUGGUUGCUAUGGUGAUCUCGGCCAGAAGGCUUGCGGGACUUUUCGCCAUGAGCCCCGCCCCCGACGUCCGGGAUUUGUUAGAAGCCCACAGGUUCCGCGUGGUGCUCGUUGCUAUGGUGAUCGCCAGCGGUGGAGGCGCGGGGUCGGGAGGCCCUUACGACUAGGCCCAGCCAGGAUCCUCCGCAGCCGCUGUAGGACUUUCUGGAAGGAUGAGGUCCUCUCUGCCACCAUUGGGACCUCCUGUGAGCCGGGACCGUGUCAUCACCAGCUUCCCUAAGUGGUACACGCCCGCCGCCUGCCUGCAGCUCCGGGAACAUUUCCAUGGGCAGGUCAGUGCUGCCUGCCAGCGUGGGAACACGGGGACAGUCGGGCUCAAGCUCUCCAAGGUAGUUGUGGUUGGCGAUCUCUACGUGGGCAAGACCAGCCUCAUCCACAGGUUCUGCAAGAAUGUUUUCAACCGUGACUACAAGGCCACCAUUGGGGUGGACUUUGAGAUCGAACGCUUCGAGGUCGCUGGGAUUCCAUUCAGCCUCCAGAUCUGGGACACAGCAGGGCAGGAGAAGUUCAAGUGCAUCGCAUCCGCCUACUACCGGGGUGCCCAGGUGAUCAUCACGGCCUUUGACCUCACUGACGUACAGACUCUGGCGCACACCAGGCAGUGGCUGGAGGAUGCACUGAGGGAGAAUGAGCCGGGCGCCUGCUUCCUGUUUCUUGUGGGGACCAAGAAGGACCUUCUGUCAGGGGCUGUCAUGGAGCAGGUGGAAGCGGAGGCCGUGCGCCUGGCCAACGAGAUGCAGGCUGAAUACUGGUCCGUGUCAGCCAAGACUGGGGAGAACGUGAAGGCAUUCUUCAGCCGAGUGGCUGCCCUGACCUUCGAGCGGGCAGUGCUGCAGGACCUGGAGCAGAGGAGCAAUGCCUGGCUGCAGGUCGGCGACGGGGACCUUAUCCGGAUGGAGAGUCGUCUACCCGAUACCCAGGACAACACGAGGCCCUCCAGCCUGGGCUGCUGUUAGCUGAGCCUUCAUCAGAGGCCCCCACUCACCACACGUGUGAGCACCCACCAUGCGGAGCCCUAGGGUCUACCUCUCGUCAGUGCAUGGGGAGCCAGGGUAGGCCCCCACCAGCUGCCCAGAUGGUGAGGACACUGAGGGGAUCACCUGGGGGCCUGUCGCUCCUACAGAGUCACCCAACAGCACCCCUUCCAUCCUUAGGAGGCCUCAGGACCACAGACAUGGACACGUGGCCCAUGGCCCUCACCCUAGGCACACAUUUGAGGUCCUUUCAGGCACUCUCCCCAGCUGUCCUGGGUCAGCCUCAGAAUCUUCGUCAUCUCCAUGGUCCAGGCGAGGAGGAUUUGUGGAAGCCAGUGCAUGAGACCCAGCUGCCGUCCCUGUUUGGGCCUCUCAGUUACCAGCAGGACUGGCAGCUCUGGGCCUCGGAGCCCCAGGCCUCGCCAUCCACUGUCACCCUGCCACAGACUUGCAGGGUCCCUGGGCAGCACUGCUCCUCUCUGGCCAAAGGGCCAUCUCUGGCUCCUGCAUGAUCCAUGUUGUCCUGUCCUCCCGCUCAGGGUGAGGACCGGCAGAACAGGCCACUCUGGCCCCUGGCCCAACCCCCACCAGAUGAUGAGUUUCCCCAGUUGUGCUGCAGGAAGAAGGCUGCCCAGCUGCCCCCAGUGGCUUACCGCUUCAUCCCUUGAGCAUGGCACUGCCGCCAAAAGCUGUCACCCAGACUCUGCUGGGCUAGUCUCCCCCAGCCUGCAUAGGAAGGGCCUGGGGACAGGAAAGUACUGGGCGCCUGCCUCUCAGGGCCGUUGUGAUGGUGUCCAGGCAUCCUUGUAAGCCAUCGGGCCGUCUGGCACCUGGUAAGUAGGUUCCCAUCUCCACCAACCCUCCAGACACCCGGACGGGCAGGAGCAGCCCAGGCCUGCCCUCCCCAGCCCCCACCCAGCAUGCCCAGCCCUCUCCCUGCUCUCAUAUUGCUCCUCCACGGGGCCUGUCAACACCCCCACCUGCCCUCCAUGGCCACAGGUGGAUGGCACAUCUGGCAUCCUGCCUGCUUCUCGUAGGUGGUCAGCAUUCCUCAGGCAGCCAUAUGCUCAGGGCCAUCCCCCAGUGCCCCUAACAGGCAUGCUGCAGGUGAUCACCAGACUGUGGCCAGGGACUUAUUCAUCUCCAUUCCCUUUCACAUUUUUAGCUCUCUCUCUUCUAUAGACGGAAGAGUCUUCUUCAUAUAAAUUACCCUUGGAUUUUCAUGGUGGCACAGUGGGUGAAGGGUCCAACAGGGGUUCAACCCCCAGCCCAGGAAUGUCUGCAUGCAGCAGGCAUGGCCAAAAGUUAAUCACUCUUAAAGGAAUUACACAUGUGCUUGUUGUAGAACAAGAUGGCACAGAGCUUUGUGUCCACAGUGACCGUCCUGCGGUCCCAGACAUAAGCCUUGUUCUGUUCGCAGAAUGACCUCACCCUGUGGCCACAGGGCGGCCUGCAGUCUGAGGACCUGCCAAGGCGAGCCUCACCUCCCUGCAGAUGGGCCAGAGUCCAUUCACCCUGCCCAUCCAUGGGACAGUUGUGCCCAGCUUUUAGCUUUUACUGGUGACCACCCUCAUAGGGCUUUGCACUCAGGGUCAUCCACAGUCCCCUUGCUGGGCCUUCUGUGGACCGGCCCACUAGGCUCCAUCUGAGGGGGCAGGCUGCCUUGGGGUGCCCGAAAAUCAGGUUUGGGGCACACGACAGAAAGCCUCAGGUUGGGUGAGACUGUGGGAGGCUGGUGCUCUCCUGGCUCCCUCCCCGCCCCUUGAGGCCCCAAGACUGGGGGCAGCGAUGGCCCUGCUGUGUGCACCCACCCCGGUAAAUGACCCUUUGUUAGACUCCUGUCCUGUUGUCCUCUGUGUGCGCCUGGUUGUUCAGAAAUAUCAGAAUCAUUUCACUGUGGUUCCAC